UCGGCGGUGAGCGGAACCAUGGCGACGGAGACGACGCCACUGCUCCAAAGCCAUCGCAGGCCGCAGGAGCAAUACGCUCACCACAAGCGCCGUAUCGCCGGUCUAGUGCUGCUCGGCUUCGUCUUGAUGGUCGCUGCCGUGCUGACGACGAUGAACAUCGGCACGAAGACGUAUCCACAGGCAGUUCCACAGCAUCCCAUCGCGGUGGCGGAGCCUCACACGGACCUGAAGCCACUCAAUAGCACGAGGCAUCAUCACACGCCGGCUCCCACGUCCAAGAACUGGUUCCAGUGCGGGACCGAGGAGAGCGAGGCUGACUACAUCACGCUGCCUUACAACGUAGACGACCACCUUUUCUACUGGUUCUUUGAGUCUCGCAAGGCCCCAGAUACCGACCCGUUAAUCCUGUGGGUGACCGGCAGCGGAUCUGGCGCCUCCAGCCUCACAGCGUUGCUGACAGAAAACGGUCCUUGUCGGAUAAGCUCAGACGCCACUACAGCACUGAACCCGUACUCGUGGACGUCUGAGGCGAACGUGGUUUGGCUAGACCAAUCUACGAGUUUCGGCUUCUCGUACGGUAGUAAUACUAGAGUAGAACUCAAUGCGGAGGACGUCCAGAUGAAUGUAUACUGGUUCCUACAAGGAUUCCUGGAUAAACAUCCAGAGCUCGAAGGAAGAGCUUUGUUUCUGGCUGGAGAGGGGUAUGCGUCCCACUACGUCCCGGCAGCAGCACACUACAUCUGGAGGGAGAACCUCAUCGUCAAGAAGGCAAAUGCUACAGUUCGUAUUAAUCUUCAGGGAAUUGCCAUCGGCAACAGUUUGGUGAACCCUGUUGUCCAACUGCCGCACACACUGGAUAUGGCUGUCAGCAACUCUUAUAACAUCAUGGACGACUCGCAUAGAAACAAAUACGACAUCCGCGAGAAAUGCGACUCCCGCGAUCCGUCAGGAUGCUACAAUACGUCUGCUGUCGCGCAAUAUCUCAACUCGACUGCUGUUCGAGAGUACCUUAACGUGUCCGAACAAGUGACGUCAUUGCAACAGCGUGCGCACUACUCCUCCGACCUGAUGAAAAAUUUGACGGAUACGUCGCCGACUUGCUGA